GUACUAUGAGCGGUCGUGUCAGACGGAUGCUUGCUAGAGCAUUUUCGCGUAAACUAAUUGAUUUCUUAUAAUUAAAUUAUAGUGAAUCGUUGUGUUGUUAAUGCGAGUGUUAAGUGAGCCAUGAGAAUUAAUGUUGUGCAUUCAUUUAUUAUAAAGACUUCAAAAUAGGGGGUGUAACAAGAAAACAAAAAUGGCUUCAGGAGACACGGACCAUAUCGAAGUGAUGGAUAGUUCCUCAUCUAGAAAGACGGAAAAUGCUACAGGAGCAAAUGAAACGGAUGACGAUGAUAAUGAUAGGAGCUCAAUUGCUGACAAAAAUGCACCGUACGACCCGGCUGUCGGCCCGCUGGGCGCUGUCAGCAAAAUCCACAAGUCCGACCGCAAGAUUGGACAUCGGCGCGUGGGAGAAGGCGGCGAGAUCACUUAUAAGAAGAUACAGUCGUCCCAGAUUAUGGGAUCUAUACAGCUUGGAAUCCAACACGCAAUCGGUGGUCUCGCGUCGAAACCAGAACGCGAUCUGCUCAUGCAGGACUUCAUGACGGUGGAAACGACGAACUUCCCCCACGAGGGAUCGAACCACACGCCCGCUCACCACUACUCCGAGUUCAAGUUCAAAACGUACGCGCCGAUUGCAUUCAGAUACUUUCGAGAUCUGUUCGGUAUACAGCCGGAUGAUUUCUUGAUGUCAAUGUGCAGCGCGCCACUCAGAGAACUGAGUAACCCGGGCGCAUCCGGUAGCAUAUUCUACCUCACGAACGACGACGAGUUCAUCAUAAAAACUGUGCAACAUAAAGAAGGGGAGUUUCUACAGAAACUAUUGCCCGGAUACUAUUUGAAUCUCGAUCAGAACCCGCGGACGUUACUACCAAAGUUCUUCGGCCUGUACUGCUACCAGUGUAACAGUAAGAAUGUACGGCUGGUCGCAAUGAACAACAUACUACCGUCCUCUGUGAAGCUUCACCAGAAAUAUGAUUUAAAGGGAUCCACGUAUAAAAGGAAGGCAAACAAAUCAGAACGACAGAAGUCAUCGCCCACUUACAAGGACUUGGACUUCAUGGACCACCACCCCGAGGGCAUAUUCCUCGAAGCGGACACAUAUACCGCUCUCACGAAGACUAUGCAACGGGACUGUAGGGUCUUGGAGAGUUUUAAGAUUAUGGAUUAUUCACUGCUAGUCGGCAUCCACAAUCUGGAUGAGGCGCAGCGUGAGAAGACGGAAUCAAGGAAGCGGACUGACUCCGGCCAAAGCGAUGAUGAUGCUGAGGGGGAACCGAAACGUAGCGGACUCAACCGGACCAGGUCAGAGCAACUCAAGGAGGAUUUCGGGACACAAGUAAAACGAACACAGUCCAUAAAUCGUCAACGGUUGGUUGCGCACUCCACGGCGAUGGAGAGUAUUCAAGCGGAGAGCGAGCCCAUUGACGAGGAGGAAGAUGUGCCCCCCGGCGGUAUUCCGGCGAGGAACGCGCGAGGGGAGCGCCUACUCCUGUUCCUGGGUAUCAUCGAUAUACUGCAGUCUUACCGGCUGCGGAAGAAGCUGGAACACACGUGGAAGAGUAUGAUACACGACGGGGACACCGUUUCAGUCCACAGACCGAACUUCUACGCGCAGAGGUUUCUAGCUUUCAUGGCCAAAACUGUGUUCAAGAAAAUACCUUCGUUGGACCUCCCCGAGAUCAAAGGCAACCACCGCAAGUUCAGAACGCUGGUGACCAGUUACAUAGCACUGAAACACUCUCCGUCUAAGAGGAAGAGCAUUGCGAAACCGGCGAGACCACAGGACGAGAUCGAAGCGGCAGGUGUUGCUGGCUCCAGCAAUACAGCGGGAUGGAAAGCAGUUUCACUGUCUGACGUCACAGCACAUAUAACGCCAACAUCGGCGACGUCACCAGUGGCUACUGCCGCCAAAAUAAUAGUCACGGCUUCUAAGACCGGUACUGCGUCAUCAGAGCCUGAUAUAGCCUUCCCGGCUGUCCUUAAAGGGUCACAAAAGCAGAGAGUACCACCUCCUGUACCGCCAAGAGGGUCGCCAAAAGCGAAACGUGGCGGUGCUAACUCGCAAUCAUCCAGUCUGGAUAUGAAAGGUGAUUAUCCCAAAUUAGACAUAUCUGUUAAUGAUAUUCCACCUCCGACACCUAUAACGAGCAGUGACGACGAUUUCUGUUUUUAUGGGCAUGAUUUUAAGUUUAAACAGCCUGUUGCAUGCCAUAUUGCUCCAUCUGUGUCUGAGCAUUCAGUUAAAGUGACGAAAUUGGUUGCGUCCAACUCUUUUCUAGAUUACAUUGAAGAGGGAGACAGUAUUACAGAAAGAUCGCAUCCUGGUAAAGAUUUGAUAGCCCAAACCACUAUGAUGGCUAAGUUUAAUAUAAAUAAAGCAGUUCUAGAACACUUGGAUUCCGGAGAAUAUGAUGACAAUUCGCUUACAGAGUCUAGUAGCGAAGAAAGAAUUGUAAUAUACGAACUGAGUGAUAACGAGGUUAACAUACAAAGCAGUCAGUCUGAAUGUUCUUCGCAAUUUAUAAAAGGAAUGGUAACGCAGAUUGAUGAUGAAUGUGCAAGAAAAUCCCCGAUAGUUGUUAAAUCGUCUACUGAAAAGGUUAGUGUACAUAAUGUAAAAUCUUCUGAUUUAAUUUCGGCAGCAAAAAAAUUAAAGAAAAUACCGCACAUAGAUAAAUUUAUGCAAAAUGAACCAAAAGGAAUUGAAAGUAAAUUCGAAAAAUGUGAUACAAAGUCCGGAAUAAUAACAGGUUUAACUAAAAGAUUAAAUUUCAAUCAAUCCAAGAGAGAUAAAAAUCGUAUACAAGACGCAAAGAAACCAAAACCUAACAUAGUGAUUAAGCCUUACUCUGAAGAGCAUUCUAAAGGAUUGAACAAUGAUGAUGUUGUCUGUCAUAGAAAAGCCAAAACUAAGAUUGACAUGUUUCAAAAACAUAUACGAAAACUUCAAUCGGAUUCAGAGAACAGUUCUAGAAGAAGUUCUAUGUCCUCGUUGCAAGACAGUAAAAGACCACAAAAGACGCUAGAAAUAGGAAGGCCAUUGGUAAAAGAGACUAAGAAAAUGUUCGAACCGAUCAAAUUUGCUCAUGGCAGUACAAGUUCAAGUGAUAAAAAAUCCAAUUAUUCAUUAAAUGUAACUACAAUUACUCCAUUUGUAUCUAAAGCAAUUGCUGGUAAUGUACAUGAUAAAAUUAAGAAGUUUUCAGAACCUACAGACUCUGAAUCUAAGGCACCAAAAAAAGUUGCUAGACGAAAGAAAAAAGGUAGUUUCAAAAAAAGAUCCGAUAUGAAAAAGAUAUUUAAAAUGAGGAAAGAUGUCGAAGAAGUCCUGUAAAUUACACAGUAAUAGAAAAAAUAAAAACCGACUUAGUAAUUAUAAUUCCAUGAAAUGCAUGUCUUGAAUCCAAAAGGAUAUUUAUAAAAAAAUAUUUUGUCUAAUGAAUUUCUACUUUUUUUAUUAACUAGUAGAUACCUCUUAGUACCUAUGUAGUUUCUUUGUAUGUAGUGGAUUAAGUAAUCUUUAACCUCAUGUUGUUUUCUGUACUCGUUCCUUGUCACUGCCAUUAUUAAUUGAUUAAUCCAAUAUUAUAUGUUAUAAUGUACUAAUCUGCCCGGUAUGUUGUAUGUUUAGUUUUUAGUAUUCCAGUCACAUAAUUUUUAGUACUGCACUUUGUAGGUUUACAUACGUUUGUUGCUUUCCUAACUUAUUUGCCUUCAUAAAUGGAUUGUUGUCGAUCAUCCUAAUAUAUAGUUUAAUCAGAACUGUAAUUAUUUUCCCAAUUAGUAGAAUAGAAGCUAAUAUAACGCUAGUGAUUAUACCUAGUAAUGCUAG